AGAGAUUUAUAAUCAAUGUUGUUUAAGUACGUACUCUUUAACAAAUUAAACAAAAAAAAAUAUUAUGUAACUUUUAUUAUUCACAAAAAAUUAGCUUUUUCUGCGGGAGUUAUCUAUAUAUUCUCCACAGAAAAAUGGCUUUUUCUACGGGAGUAAAUAAAUAGGAAAAUUAGAUGAAUCUUUCAAGUAAAGAAAAAACAAACGAAUUAAUGACAUAUAUAAAUUAAAACAUAAACAGAUGUCUAUGGUUGCUCAAGGAUUAGUAUAAUUACAGACGUAAAAAUCAAUGAGAGGGAGAGAACAUUCCAACUCUAGUCAACUCUUCUUGUAUAUAUAUAGAGACAUAUUCCUCCUUGUAACGCACAACAACAAGUACAAGAGAGAGAGAAAGAAUCAUAGAGAUCUGUCGCGGAGAGAGAGCGAGAGAAAGAGAGAAAAUGUCGAUGGCUUUGCUUUUGACCUCGCCGGCGAUGAUAACUUCUCCUCGCCGUGGAUCUUCUCCUUCUCGUCGUCUUCGAGUUUCAUGUGUUACCACAAACCCUGCUAGGGAAAAAAACGAAACAUGCAAUCAGUACUUUCGACCUAUCAAAGAAGUAAAUAACCAAAUAACACACACAAUACCACAAGAGAAGCUUGAGAUCUUCAAAUCAAUGGAGAAUUGGGCAGAACACAAACUACUACCCUAUCUCAAACCGGUCGAAGAUUCAUGGCAACCACAAGACUUUUUACCUGCGCCAGAGAACGACGACGAAUUCUACGACCGAGUAAAAGAGAUCAGAGAACGAACAAAAGAGAUACCUGACGAUUACUUUGUAGUUCUUGUGGGAGAUAUGAUCACAGAAGAAGCACUUCCAACGUAUCAAACGACGUUAAACACACUUGACGGCGUUAAGGAUGAAACCGGUGGGAGUUUAUCGCCGUGGGCGGUGUGGAUUAGAGCAUGGACGGCGGAAGAAAACCGUCACGGUGAUUUACUCAACAAGUAUCUUUAUCUAACUGGUCGUGUUGAUAUGCGACAUGUUGAGAAGACUAUACAAUAUCUCAUUGGUUCUGGUAUGGAUUCGAAAUUUGAGAACAAUCCAUACUAUGGAUUCAUCUACACGUCAUUCCAAGAGCGAGCAACAUUCAUCUCUCACGGCAACACGGCGAGGCUAGCCACAACCUACGGCGAUGUUACCCUCGCGAAGAUCUGCGGCACAAUCGCCGCCGACGAAAAGCGUCACGAGACGGCGUACACGAAGAUAGUGGAGAAGCUAUUCGAGAUCGACCCCGACGGAUCUGUUCAGGCACUGGCGAGUAUGAUGAGGAAACGGAUCACAAUGCCAGCUCAUCUUAUGCACGACGGAAGAGAUAACGAUCUGUUUGAUCAUUACGCCGCCGUGGCGCAGAGAAUGGGAGUUUAUACGGCGACGGAUUACGCUGGGAUACUUGAGUUUCUGUUGCGGCGGUGGAAGGUGGAGAGUUUGGGGUUGGGGUUAUCAGGUGAAGGUAGGAGAGCACAGGAUUACUUGUGCACCUUGCCGCAGAGGAUCAAGAGGUUAGAGGAAAGAGCUAAUGAUAGGGUCAAACUUGGGUCAAAACCUUCUAUUUCGGUUAGCUGGGUUUUUGGUAGAGAUGUUAAACUAUAGAGAUAUUUUGAAUAACAAAAAAAUAAAUAAAUAAAGGAAUUAUGUUUGUGAUCAA